CGUGUGAUUGGUCCACGCAGGCUGAGGGGAGACGGCGGUAAUUGAGGUUGACAGUGAUCUGAUCAGUGAGUGCCUCGUUGAACAACAAGAGACUGCAGGAUCUACUCAACGUCUCCUCCAGGAAAGACCAUGUCAGGACCGAGGCCGGUGGUGCUGAGCGGUCCAUCCGGAGCGGGGAAGAGCACACUGAUGAAGAGGCUCCUGAAGGACCAUGAAGGCGUCUUUGGAUUCAGCGUGUCACACACGACAAGGAACCCUCGAACUGGAGAGGAAGAUGGCAAAGGCCUCAACACGCUCCCCCUGCUUCUGGGGGCUACUUUACUGCCCGUAGCUGACGUCUUUUCCUCCGAAGACUUAGAAAGCUCAUUAUCGUGUCCAAAUGAAUCAGAAACCCCACAUGAAGAUUACCACUUCACCACCCGGCAGGCCAUGCAGGAGAGCAUCGAUCAGGGCAAUUUCAUCGAGAACGCUGAGUUUUCCGGCAACUUGUACGGAACAAGUAAAGCUGCCAUAGAAGACGUGCGGGCCAAGAACCUGAUCUGCAUCCUGGAUGUGGACAUCCAAGGGGUGAGGAGGAUUAAAGAGACGGACCUGAACCCCAUCUACAUCUCCAUCCAGCCUCCGUCCAUGGAGAUCCUGGAAAAACGUCUGAGAGACCGGCAGACGGAGUCAGAGGAGAGCUUACAGAAACGUCUGGAGGCAGCUCGCGUUGACAUGGAGCUCAGUAAGGAGCCAGGAGUCUUUGACGUCAUUAUCAUCAACGAUGAUCUGGAACGCGCCUAUGAGGAGCUGAAGGAGAUCCUUAAUGAUGAAAUUCAGAAGGUUCAAGAGAGCAAAUCCUAAAGAGGAGACGUGUCCGUACCUCAGAACGUGACAACGCUCAUCAGCAACUCAAGUCCCUGCUGGAGAAACGUUGUCUAUUAUCCUCCAUGUGUAACGGCGGAGAGGUUAGUUCAGCAGGUUGUCCUGCUCAGGAGAAAAAGAAAGCAAGAUGGAGGUUUGUGUUCGUAGGAUAUUUAGACGCGGAGAUCCUUUUCCUCCGUGUUAGAUUCUAAUUAGCGCAAUUAUUAUGCUUUACAUUCCUUACCAGUGCUUGGAUGUUCUCAAGGAGGGGUGGGCGGGGAGUCUGCGCUCACUUUAUUAGGUACACCAUGUAGCUAAAUAUUAGAAAGGCCUCUGGAUAUGAGUGGAUACCUUGCUCACUAGGAUGUCCAGGUGUACCUAAUGAAGUGGGGAAUUGAGUGUGUGUACGAUACUCGCAUGCAAGUUUGUGCUGAAUCAAUAAAGCCAGACAAUCACUAAUCAACUUGAUGGCAUUUAUUUCACCCCGCUCGCCCGCCAAAAACAGCAGCUUGACACAGGAAAUGGUAUGAUUGAGACGGAAAUCUACACAGCAGCAGUGAUGGGCAAAUUAGAUGGGCAAAUUAGUUUUCAAAUGUAAUUCGUUGUACAGUAAUCCCGCACCAAAAAAUCCAAAAUCUAUGAAUAAAUCAAGCUGGUUUGUGCAUAUUUGCAUUUUCAAGCAUAAAAAUGGCGAAAUGAAGUAAGAGAGAGAAUUCAAAGAUGUGUUGUGGUGAUAUGUAGUGUUCCACACUGGCCUCUAGGUGUCAGUAAUGUUACUGUGAUGUCCAAGCACCAGACUAGAUUCCCGCUUUGAAUGACGGGUACAAUAAUCCCCAACACGGGCUACUGUUGCUCAAUUGAACUCUGAAACCCAGACGUCACGUCCUGUCUGCACCAUGAGGACGAGUCUAAUUUUCUCUUAUUAUGUCUACUAUAUUGGGUAAUAGAAGUGUUAAGGUGAUUGUAGGGGUGUUAUUUAAUGUCUAGAGGGCUCGAUAAUAAUGUUAAAAUCAGAUUUAGAAGGUCUUUAACAGAUUUUCUUUGCUGUACCUACAAAAAUAUUCAAUUUCUAAAUAAGGAAUCCUACUUUGCCGAAAUUCACUGAUUAAUCGUGAUAAACAAGGGAUUACUGAAGUUACUGAACGGUCCCAAAAAAGUAACCGAAUUAUUACCAGACAGCAACACACACGAGCACAAGUCUUAUUUAUGUCUUAUUUUCUCUGAUUAUGUCUACUAUAUUGGGUAAUCGGAGUGUAAAAGUGACUAUAGGGGUGUUAUUUCAUGUCUGAAGGGCUCUAAUGAUGUUAAGUGUAUUUAGAAGGUUGUAAACAGGUUUUCUAUGCUCUAAGUAAUAUUAUAUUGGGUGCUAGGAGUGUAAAUGUGACUAUAGGGGUGUUAUUUCAUGUCUAAAGGGCUUUAAUAAUGUUAAAAUCAUACUUAGAAGGUUGUAAAGAGGUUUUCUAUGUCUCGUAUUCUCUUAUUAUGUCUACUAUAUUGCAUAAUAAGAGUGUAAGUGUGACUAUUGGGGUGUUAUUUCAUGUCUAAAGGGCUCUAAUAAUGUUAAAAUCAUACUUAGAAGGUCGUAAAGAGGUUUUUUAUGUCUCGUAUUCUCUUACUUGUAUUAUGUCUACUAUACUGCAUAAUAAGAGUGUAAAUGUGACUAUUGGGGUGUUAUUUCAUUCCUGGAGGGCUCAAAUGAUGUUAAAAUGGGGAUUUAGAAGGUUGUAAAUACGUUUUCUGUGCUCUAACUAAUAUUAUAUUGGGUAAUAGGGGUGUAAAUGUGACUAUGGGGUGUAAUUUCAUGUCUAAAGGGCUCUAAUAAUGUUAAAAACAUACUUAGAAGGUUGUAAACAGGUUUUCUCUUUGUUAUAUUGUCAGGGAAAUCCUUGCAGACAACCAAGACUGUAUAACUACUCAAAGGAACAGACUCACACCAGCCAAGAUUGUCUUUCACUCGAGUUGGACAGCAGAGCUUACACCUGCAUGUUUGCUCCUCCAGACUGUCAAAGUUCCGCCGUCCGCGGCCGCUUUUUAUGAAGUAGGAAGUAAAGUCACACAAAGAAAUGGAAAAUUACUGGAACAGGGUGAGGAGG